AUGACCUGGGAAGGUUUUUCAUUUCUUUCACAAGCUGCAACUAAUCCUGUUGAUCCACAGGUUCAGCUUCUGCCUUCUCCAGGAAUGUCGUCGGCGAUGGGUAGGGAUCAGUCAACAAGCGAUGCUUCGAAAGGUCUUUUAUAUGCAGCAGGAAUAGUAGCAGGAGGAAUAGCUAUAGGAUACUUUAUUGGUUACAAAUAUGCGAUGUCUAAAGCCCGUUGUAACACUAAGCAUCAAUUGGCAAAUGAUAAGGUAGGUUGUCAAAUAUUUUUCUAUGAUAAGGUGGGUUGUCAAAAAUUUUUGGGGCUACUUAGCGAUAAGGAGAAGUUCAUAGAAAAACCUGUAGAGAUAGCAGUUUUUUCGUUCCUCGUUGUGAAUGCAUUCUAG